GCUCUUUGGAUUCCAGCUGCCGUAAAUCGACAGAAGAAGAAGUCGGCGGUAACUAUGGCGGCGCACCGAGUCCUGUUCGCUGUGAAGAAUGCCACAUUCCAGAGCAGAUGUCGUGUGUUGCAGAACAAAGCUCAGUGUUCCUCCUCCUACAGUCACACUGAGAAGACCUUUGAUAAAAUCCUGAUCGCCAACAGAGGAGAAAUCGCUUGCAGGGUCAUCAAGACUUGCAGGAAGAUGGGCAUCCAGACUGUAGCAGUUCACAGUGACGUCGACUGUAACGCUGUGCACGUGAAGAUGGCGGAUGAGGCAGUGUGCGUUGGCCCCGCCCCCACUAGUCAAAGCUAUUUAAAAAUGGACGCCAUAAUGGAUGCCAUCAGAGCCACUGGAGCGCAAGCUGUUCAUCCCGGCUACGGAUUCCUGUCUGAAAACAAAGACUUUGCAAAGAAACUGGCAGCAGAAGGUGUGACUUUUAUUGGACCAGAUACUCAUGCUAUACAGGCAAUGGGAGACAAAAUUGAGAGCAAGCUGAUUGCCAAGGCCGCCAAGGUCAACACUAUACCAGGCUUUGAUGGCGUGGUCGAGACGGCUGAAGAUGCUGUUAAGAUUGCACAGGACAUCGGUUAUCCAGUGAUGAUCAAAGCAUCUGCAGGAGGAGGCGGGAAAGGAAUGAGAAUUGCUUGGAAUGAUGAAGAAACCAGGGAAGGUUUUCGAUUCUCAUCUCAGGAGGCAGCUUCCAGCUUUGGAGAUGACAGACUGCUCAUUGAGAAAUACAUAGACAAGCCCCGACACAUAGAGAUACAGGUGCUGGCUGAUAAACACGGUAAUGCUCUGUGGCUGAAUGAGAGAGAGUGUUCCAUCCAGAGGCGGAAUCAAAAAGUUGUUGAAGAAGCUCCAAGUACCUUCUUGGAUCCAGUUACACGAAAGGCCAUGGGUGAACAGGCAGUUCAGUUAGCCAAGGCUGUCCACUAUUCCUCAGCUGGGACGGUGGAGUUUCUAGUGGAUUCAAAGAGAAACUUCUAUUUCCUGGAAAUGAACACGCGUCUCCAGGUGGAGCAUCCAAUUACAGAGUGUAUUACUGGGCUGGACUUGGUGGAGCAGAUGAUCCGGAUUGCUAAGGGUUACCAGCUGCAGCACAAACAGGAAGACAUCCCAAUAAAUGGCUGGGCCAUUGAAAGUCGUGUCUAUGCUGAGGACCCGUACAAAUCGUUCGGCCUUCCCUCCAUCGGACGGCUGUCUCAGUACCAAGAGCCACUCGACAUCAGCAACGUCCGUGUGGAUAGCGGCAUCGAGGAGGGAAGUGACAUCAGCAUCUUUUAUGAUCCUAUGAUCUCCAAGUUGGUCACUUACGGUGCUACGCGAGCUGAAGCCCUGGCCCAGAUGGAGAAAGCUUUGGACAGCUACGUUGUCAGAGGUGUGACCCACAACAUUUCCCUUCUGCGGGAAAUCAUCACUCACCCUCGCUUUAUUUCUGGUGACGUGAGCACUAACUUCCUGCCUGAGGUCUACCCUGAUGGCUUCAAGGGUCACCAGCUGGGUGUUGAAGACUGCCGCGAGCUGCUGGCUUCAGCAGCAGUGCUCCAUGUGGUUUCCCACGUCCGUGCUGAGAAGGUUUUGGGGGAUCUGAGGAUUGCGUCUUCUGCAGUGGAGCGUAACCACUGGGAGCUGAGCGUGCACCUGGGAAAGAAAAGACACAUGGUGGAGGUGUCCAGAGCAGGACCAGGAAAUGAAUAUAAAGUGCAGGUGGACGGAACACAGCUGGAAGUCAGCGGACAGUGGAACCUCUCAUCACCACUGCUGCCGCUGACCAUCAACGGCAGACAGAGAACGCUACAGUGUGUGUCCAGAGAUGCUUCAGGAGAGAUGGUUCUACAGCACCUGGGGACUCUGUUUAAGGUUCGAGUUCUGUCCACGUUGGCUGCUCAGCUGAACUGCUUCAUGCCUGAAAAGGUUCCAGAAGACACCAGCAGCCAGCUGCGGUCCCCGAUGCCGGGGACGGUGGUGAGUGUGUCCAUCAGACCCGGAGACACGGUGGCUGAGGGUCAGGAGAUCUGUGUGAUUGAAGCCAUGAAGAUGCAAAACAGUCUGACCGCCGUCAAGCAAGCGAAGGUGAAGACUGUCCACUGUAAACCAGGGGACACGGUGGGAGAAGGAGACCUGCUGGUGGAAUUGGAGUAACAUGAAGACCUUUGACCCUUGUUGUCAGCAUCAGGAUGGGUUCAGAUCCCGUCUGUCCACAGACAAAGAUCGACAUUUAUUGACAGACUGAACAGGAACU